AUGAAUUUCUCCAACCACAGCAACACCACGAGUGAAAACCUGUUUUCUAUUAUUCCAAAUCCAAACUUAAAUCUGGUCCAAGUCGUCUUCUUUACUCUGAUAUCAUUUCUUUUGGUGAUCGCUGCUCUUUCAUGUAAUACAUUUUUAAUCGUCAGUUUAGCAAAGAAAUCACCUGUGCCUCUCGGUGAUCAUUUAAUGAUCAACUUGUGUUUGGUCGAUUUUGUAAAAUCUUGCUUAUAUUUUAUCGUUUAUACAACAUCGACUGCAGUGAAUUCUUGGUUUUUGGGUUCCAUCAUGUGUAAAGUUUUACCUAACUUGCUGGAAGGCUGUAAAGCAUUUUCUAUUUGGAUUUUAACAAUUCUUGCGAGCAGUCGUUAUCAAGCUAUCAGCAAUCCACUGCGCCUAACAAAACAUGAAAAAUUGAAGAUAUAUCUGGUGUUAUUCAUUACCGCCUGUUGCAGUAUUGGUGCUAAAGUAUGGAAUGGGAUUAAACGAAGUAAUCAAUAUUACAUCGAAGGAACGACACGAUGUGUAGACGAUAUCUCUCUAAUAAGUCCUGAACGACUUAAUAUAGCUGUGGCUUAUUUCACUAACAUUGUGAUAGCACAGUUUCUACAAAUAUACUAUUUCAUUCGCAUAGCAUGUAUACUUUGGAAAAAUUCCAAACAUCUUGGAGAUAAUAAGUUGGAAUCAUCCCAAAGAUUGAAACGCAACAAGAAAGCAGUAAAGACUUUACUGACCAUGGUAGUUGUGUAUGAUGUCGUGGUUUUCCCAACUGCGAUACUCAAAACUCUUGCUUUAUAUAACACUGAUUUGUCAGCAUUUCGUGAGCUUAGCGAAAUAUUGCUGUUGGUUUAUUGCUCGUUUUAUUCCACUUUCUAUAUCUGGAGAGAUGAGACACUCAAGAAAACUGUUAUGCGAUUUCUUGCAACAUUAUUUUGUAGAGGUUAA